AUGAAGUUUCGUCGAUGUCGCUCCGUGUCCCAGUCACGGGUCGGCGUGGGCUUUCUGCUUGGAUUGCUUAUCCUCGCCAAUAACAGCCUCGUUUAUGCUCAAGAAGCUGACUUAUCAGAAAUCGUCUUGGAGCCCCAGCAACCAUCGCAAAACGACGCCUCAGAAGCUGCGCAGCCGCGCACACCUGAAAUCUCACCUGAAACUGCGCCGGAAAUCCCGCUACUGGACCAACCAGUCGACAAGGUUAUCCCGUCCGCCGUAUCUGACGUGUACAUCGUUCGCCUCCGCGCCGCCCCGCCAAUCGCGGGAUACACCGGCGGAAUCAACGGGAUUGCCGCCACGGCAGCAGAGGCUGUCAGAGACUCUGUGUCUGACGUCAUCAAUUCGGUGGUUGGACAGAUUCGCAGGGGGCCUCAUCGCCCCUUUUUUUCUGCCCGCUUUCUCCCCCUCCUCAGGUUCAAACACGUCAGCAAUGCCUUUGUGGCGCGUUUGACGCCUAAGCAGCUGCAGCAGCUGAAGCGCCACCCAGCAGUUGCGGAAGUCAAAUCCAACUACCGAAUCAGCAAGCUCACCACCGACUCUGCAAACUUUCUUAACCUGCCCGGGACUCUCUGGUCUGCCCGGGGCCGCGAGCGGGCAGGAGAAGGCGUAGUGAUCGGAAUAGUCGACACGGGUAUUUGGCCGGAACACCCUUCAUUUUCCUCGAAUGUCAGUCCACCUGACCUGCCGUACCCUAACCCUCCGUCUACCUGGAGAGGCACCUGUCAGGUGACAUCUGAUUUCAAGUGCAACAGAAAGGUGAUUGGCGCGAAAAUUUUCAACGCGGGGUUCCGGAUGUGGUUCGGGCAGGAAGACACGAGCGCUGAUUGGACGUCAGCUCGGGAUGCAAAUGGACACGGCAGCUGGUGUGCAGCAGCGGCAGCGGGCAACAGCAAUGUCCCCGUGGUGCUAUCUCCCCGCAAUAUAAACCUCGGGAACGCCACAGGCAUGGCACCCCGGGCCUUCCUCGCAGCUUACAAGGUCUUCUGGGGGAACUCAGUCACGGGCGGUGGGAUCACUGCCACGUAUGCUGACGUGGAGGCAGCAGUCAACGCGGCUGUCGCUGACGGGGUUGACGUCAUCUCGCUCUCUCUGGGCGGCGCAGACCCCAGUGCCACGUAUUUCAGCGAUCUGCCGUAUUUAUACGCGAAUCUGGCCGGCACAGUGGUGGUUUAUGCAGCGGGGAAUUCCGGUCCGCCUCCUCUCACCUCAUCAAUGUAUCGCAGCAUCUCCAACUUCUCGCCAUUCUACCUCACUGUUGGCGCCAGCACCAUCGCUCGCAGCUAUGUGUCGGCAGCCACGCUGGGCGACGGGCGGGUCGUGAAGCUGUACGGGUUUGGCUCGGGGAAUGUGCCGGUGCAGGGAUUGGGCCUGUUGGAGGGCGUUGCAGCGCGGGCAGCCGGGAAGACUGAGACGGAGGGCCAGUACUGUGCGGAAGACUCACUGGAUCCCACCAAGGUCUCAGGGAAGAUCGUACUGUGCUCGUAUGGAUGGACCAGCGCCAGCAGCAAGGCAAUAGAGGUCGCUGAGAAGGGCGGCAGUGCGGUGAUUGUGGUGGAUGUGCCUGUAGCAGCGAGACCGUACCCGAUUUAUACGUCUCGGCUGCUGGCGAUGGGAGCGGAGGCGAGCGAGACGGGUGUUCUGCACGCGUACACCCGCACCGCUGCCAGUCCGACUGCAUCCUUCGCCUACACCUUCAAGACGGACCUAACCACCGAUCAAGCGCCAGAGGUCGCGUAUUUUUCUUCUUCUGGUCCGCUCAUCAACCCCGCUACUGCAACCAAGCUCGCUUUCCCCACCAACGACAUCUUAAAGCCCGAUGUAAUCGGUCCCGGCGUUUCCCUAUGGGCCGCUGCGCCGUCCUCGUCUCUCGCAUCUGCUUCUACCCCGGCUUACGCCAUGCUUAGCGGAACCUCCAUGGCUACUCCGCACUUGGCGGGAAUCGCGGCGCUGCUCGUCGAAAGAUACCCUGCUUGGUCGCCGUCGCAAAUCAUGUCCGCGAUUAUGACUACAGCGAGCGUGACUAAUACUAAAAACGGGUCGGUCGUUGCGGGUUUGACUCGAAACAAAGCGACGCCGUGGGAUAUGGGAGCGGGACACGUCAAUCCCAACGGUCUGAUGGAUCCUGGGCUCACUUUUCCCGCCAAUGCUGCGGAUUAUUACAAUUUUCUUGCCGGGCAGAAUCUGCUGAGCGCCAAGAGUUCCGUGCCAAUCGGAACGAAGAUGUCCCCGAUUCCGGCGUACAAUCUGAACCGCCCGACGAUUUCGGUUUCGCGGCUGAAAAAAACGGUGCUGGUAUCGCGAACGGUGCAGAACGUCGCGAAUCCAGUAUCCAGCUACACUUCGACUAUCGUUACACCGCCUGGUGUUACUACAGUUGUAAGUCCAAAUAAAUUCACAAUCCCUCCAAUGCGGGUUGUAACAUUCACUAUCAGGUUCACAGUCACGAAGGCAUCUCCUGAUUUCCAAUUCGGAAGCCUGACAUGGAAGGACCAGUAUGGCCAUGUGGUGCGGUCGGUGCUGGCGGUGCAACCUCUUUCCAAAUAA